AGACACACCUCUUCCUAGUGACCCAUGACAUAAAAUCAUGCAAGGUUCAGGCCCGCAUCAGCACGCGGCGCUGCUGCUACCGAACACCUUAUCUCGGUUCAUCGAUGCUUCAGCCUGCUGUUCUCCACCAUUUCUUCCUUCGCCAUCAUGCGUCAUUGCAGUGUGUGCAAGAUCGAGUGUGAAAAGCCGCUACGAUGCUCAAAGUGUCAGAAAACUAUCUACUGCUCCGCGGACUGCCAGAAAGUUGACUGGAAGGUGCACAAACGCAGCGUCUGCACCAAGCCGGCCAUCUUACACAAGGUGGACAAAAUGAUGAAAAAAUGGGGCGGGCCAGGGUCGACGAUGGACACCAUCAAUAAGAUGGAACAAAUGGCUUGGGAAGAGCGUCGACGGAACCCGAUUCCUGUGUCGAAAUGCGAUGGUUGUCUUUUGCGAUUCUGUGGUACUCCUCCAGAUGAGGAUGAGGAGGACGACGAGGACGACGAGGACUAUGUGAAGGAUGUGGGAGAUGCCUUCAAGCGGUGCACGACUUGUGAUUACACCAUUUGCGAAAAUUGUACGCACCCAGAUAUGCAAGGUGUGCCAUACUUUGAUCGCCCGCCAGGUACUUGCCGCUGCCUAAAGUCGAACUUUGGUGAAAGUUACUGCUUGUCGUCGCCCUGUUACCUUCACGGUGAUGGUAGAAAACCAUACCAUGGUGAUAGACACCCUGAUGUGGCGAGUAGUGGGUAUGGUGAAGAUGCAUUUGAAGCGGAGGAGCGGAAGUGCAGGACGUGUGGUGUGAUUGCGCGAUGCUUGAAGAAAGAGCAUCUGAAGGAUGCGGUUCCUGGCAUGAAUUAACCAUGUAAAAUCUUGCAAAACCUCACUUAUGCAAAAUUGUCUGUCUUCCCUUUUUCUAGCCUGAAUUUUGUCUAUACUAGGUCUUCUUAAAUAGCGUGUUGUUGCAACGUUAGGC